CUGAACUGAAGUUGGGAACGAUUGGAAAUCCGCGUCAAACAAGUGUCUGUUCAGUUCCAACGAACCCUAUCUUAAAUUAAUCGUUCUAAAUAACCUGUGCUUUCGCAGAGCUGACUGAUCUCUGUGAGAUUGCAAAACAUUCUCUAUAAAACAUUGUUGCCUACCGUAUACCGCAAAAAUGAUGAUGCACUCGUCUCAGAAGGACACAACCUACACAAAGAUAUUUGUAGGAGGUCUUCCAUACCACACCACGGACUCCAGUCUCAGGAAAUACUUCGAAGUGUUCGGUGAUAUCGACGAGGCUGUUGUUAUAACGGACAGACAGACGGGGAAAUCCAGAGGUUAUGGAUUCGUGACGAUGGCAGACCGGGCGUCUGCGGACCGAGCCUGCAAGGACCCAAACCCCAUCAUCGACGGCCGGAAAGCCAAUGUGAACCUGGCCUACCUGGGGGCCAAGCCCAGGGUCAUGCAGCCAGGUGAGGGGAUGGACACGCUGGCGGAGGGCUGCGCCACGCGUUUAUUUCACAGCUUGGACGACCAAGGUUUCUCAUUUGGUGUUCCUCAAAUCCAUCCAGCGUUCAUCCAGAGGCCUUAUGG